AUGCGGGAUGAAAUUGUGCUGGAGCGUAUACUUAAGGGAGACGAGGAACCCAAGGAUCUGCCAUUAGCACUCUUACAGGACAUCACCAAUGAUUUCUCUCAACAGAACAAAAUUGGUCAGGGUGGAUUUGGAGAGGUUUACAAGGGUGUACUCCGGAACGGGGUUGUUGUUGCUGUGAAGAGGAUCCAUAUAAAUGUAGACACAAUUGAUGACAAGCUGUUUCACCGUGAGUUUCAUAGCCUCUGGAAGACUACUAAUCAUCAAAAUGUAGUCCGGUUUCUUGGCUUCUGUUCUAAUAACCAGACAACAAUAGUCAAUGCUGGGUCCGAACAAAUUAAAUUGGCCAAUGUAAGAGAAAGAUUGCUUUGUUUCGAGUACAUCAGCAAUGGAAGCCUUGAUAAGCAUAUUACCAAUGAAUUAAGGGGACUUGAAAGGGAAACACGCUAUGAUAUAAUCACCGGAAUUUGCAAGGGUCUGUCUCAUCUCAAGGAAAAAAGAAUUAUUCAUAUGGACCUUAAACCGGCAAACAUAUUACUAAAUGAUCAUAUGGUUCCAAAAAUUACAGAUUUUGGUUUGUCAAGACCAAAUGAAAACUCACAUACUAUGGGUCAACGUUUUGGAACACGAGGAUAUCUCGCGCCGGAGUACGAGAAUGCUGGCAGAACUUUGUUUGAGUCUGACAUAUAUAGUUUGGGCGCCAUAAUCAUUGAAUUAGUAACAGGGUGUAUGGGCGUCCCUGACGAAAAUAAUGUACUUCGAAGGUGGAGACACAGGUGGAAUAAGCCACCGACGUUACUACAAUACCAGCAAGUAAUUAGAUGUAUCAACAUAGCAAUACGCUGCAGAGAACAAAAACCGGAAGCUAGACCUUCAAUAUUGGAGAUAAUUAGCUUUCUGAGUAAAUCUGAAACUAUAGAUGUGCACACUGGCCAGGUAAGAACUUAUAUGUAA